AUGUUUUUGUGGAAGCGGUUCAUGCCCUUGCAGCAGUUUGCGGAGGACUAUAACCCACACGAGUCGGCGCAGGAGCAGUACUAUGAUGCCUACGCCGACCUUGGCGUGCACCGCGUAAUGCUUUCCGACGCACCACGCAUGUCUUUUUAUCGUCAAGCGGUCACUUGCGAGACGGUUGUCCAGGACCGUGUGGUCGUGGAUGUGGGGUCGGGGACAGGAAUUUUCUCCAUUUGGGCGGCCCGUGCAGGAGCAAAGCAUGUCUUCUCCAUUGAGGCGUCCUCGUUGAGCUUUUUUCAGGCACGCGUCAUUGGUGACAAUCAUCUGUCGGACAAAAUUACGUUGUUGUCUGAAACGGUGGAGAAUAUUGUUGCGGGUGGUGUUGCGAGCUUUAUUGCUACUCACGAGGCGGUGUUGAAAGGCUGCGGGGUGGCGGUCAUCGUAUCGGAGUGGAUGGGAUUUUAUCUUCUGCAUGAAGGCAUGUUGCCAUCUGUGAUCCGCGCGAGGGACUUCUUUGGGGAGGUCAAUGCAAAGCUGGGGGUUUGCCGUCGAAUUGAAAUGAUCCCCGAACGCGCAACGAUACGUGUCGCGCCUAUGACUUGUGCUCCCUACUGCGAGGAGCGCUAUUGCAGGUUUUGGAGCGGCCUUGAAGGUGUCGACUUUAGCCGCUACGGCACUGUGGAGUGUGAGAUGCAACUAGAGACGUCGAAUCCCCUCAUUGACACUAUCCCGGCCUCGUGUCUCCUGCAUGAGGGUGUGGUCCUGGCGGAGGUGGAACUUUCUUCCAUUGCGGAGGAUGCGAUGACGUCUUUGUGCCGUACCGUUCAUUUCAACUUCUGCAACUCCACGGCAUUUCAACGACACUUUGGCGUUAACUGUACGCAGGAGGUGGCGGUGGAUGGGUUCACGCUGUGGUUUGAUGUGAGCUUCCGUGAGUGGACGUUAAAUACGUCGCCGUUUCAUCCGCCCACUCACUGGAAGCAGACAACCGUUCUGCUGCCAGCCACAGUGCGGGCGGAGCGGCUUGUUGCAUUCACAAACUCCGACGCAACACUCGACGCUGAGGUGCGGCUCGUAGCGACAGGCACUUUACGGCGCUGCUACACCAUUGAAUUUGAGCUGAAGUAA